GCGCGCGGCCGCUACUCACCGGCACCGGCGGGAGGGGAGGGCGGGCGCCGCCCGCGCUGACGGGACAAAGCGCGGCCAUGAGCCCGCUGUAGGCCGCUGGGAGCCGCCGCCGCCUCCGGGGAGGGAAGGAGGGAGGGGGUUCUCGCCGCGGGUGGAUGCCGGUUGCGGCCGGCCGCGCCCGGCACCAUGCACACCGUGCAGAAGGAUACCACCUUCACCAAGAUCUUCGUCGGGGGGCUGCCCUACCACACCACCGACUCCUCCCUCAGGAAGUACUUCGAGGUCUUCGGGGACAUCGAGGAGGCGGUGGUGAUCACCGACCGGCAGACCGGCAAAUCCCGGGGAUACGGCUUUGUGACCAUGGCAGACAGAGCCGCGGCUGAGCGAGCGUGCAAAGACCCCAACCCCAUCAUCGAUGGCAGGAAAGCAAACGUGAACUUGGCGUAUCUGGGAGCAAAGCCGAGGAGUAUUCAAACCGGUUUUACCAUAGGUGUGCAGCAGCUCCACCCAGCCUUCAUCCAGAGACCCUUUGGACUCACGCCUCACUAUGUUUACCCCCAAGCGAUCAUUCAGCCCAGCGUGGUGAUCCCCACCCCCGUGCAGUCCAUCACAUCUCCCUACAUCGACUACACCGCCGCCAGCCAAGCCUACUCCCAGUACACCACAGCUGCCUACGAUCAGUACCCCUACGCUGCCUCUCCCGCCGCGGGCUUUGUGGGAUACGGCUACACGGGCGCGGUGCAGCCCCCCAUCACCGCCAGCACCCCGGCAGCGCCUGCCACCGCCUUCGUGCAGUACCAGCCCCAGCAGCUGCAGCCCGACCGCAUGCAGUGAGCCCGCGCCGCUGCCGCAGGGACAGUCUUUUGCAAUGGAAGGAUACAACUAGGACAACAAAAACAACAGCAAAAAAAAAAAAAAAAA